CUCGCCGGGCUGGUGCCCGACCAGUUCCAGAUGUGCCGCAGGAACCUGGAGGUCAUGCACAGCAUCGUCCGGGCCGCCCGCCAGACCAAGAGCGUCUGCCAAAAGACCUUCGCAGACAUGAGGUGGAACUGCUCCUCCAUCCAACGGGCCCCCAGCUUUGGCCCUGACCUGCUGAAAGGAACCCGGGAAUCCGCCUUCGUCUAUGCCCUGGCUGCCGCUGCCGUCACACACUCCAUCGCCCAAGCCUGCACCUCGGGAGAGCUCCCUCUCUGCUCCUGUGGCUCCGUCCCCUCGGAGGUCCCCGGGCCAGACUUCAGAUGGGGUGGCUGCGGGGACAACCUGCGCUACGGCCUCCAGCUUGGCACCGCUUUUGCUGACAGUCCUUUAAAAUCCAGCAAGCUGGGGACACAAGCGCUCAAGGCCGUGAAUCUGCAUAACAACGCGGUGGGGCGGCAGGUGCUGAGUGACUCCCUGGAUACCAAGUGUAAAUGCCAUGGUGUUUCAGGCUCCUGUUCGGUGAAGACUUGUUGGAAGGGACUGCCGAGCCUGGAUGAAAUUGCCUUUGACCUCAAGUCCAAGUACCUGGCAGCCAUCAAGGUGACCCACCGGCUCAUAGGGCCCAGGAAGCAGCUGAUACCCAAAGAAAUGGAUGUCAGGCCAGUGAAAGAGGAGGAUCUGGUUUAUCUCAUCAACUCCCCCGACUACUGCAUGCCAAAUCCCCACCUGGGAUCUCUGGGGACACAGGACAGGCAGUGCAACAAGACCUCCGUGGGCAGCGACAGUUGCAACCUGAUGUGCUGUGGCCGCGGGUACAACACCUACACGGAGGAGGUGGUGGAGAGGUGUCACUGCAAGUAUCACUGGUGCUGCUACGUGGUGUGCAAGAAGUGUCGGCGGAAGGUGGAGAGAUAUGUCUGUAAGUAA